AUGUGCGACGUGCUUCAACUACAACCCGCAGGCGCCUUCCUCCGAGCGGCCCGGAGCUUCCAGACCUCGGAUGCCGAGCACCGAUUUUCGAACCCUAUUGCCGUGGUCGGCAGUUGCACGGACAUUGACGUCGCUCUGCGUCUCGAUCUCGACUAUGAUGACGCGAAGACGGAACCGUCCAAAGCCUGUUGCUUGGAGUUGCAGAGCCAGCUCGAUGACGAGCCUCUGGACUUUCUUACGACUAUUCGUCGUGGACUCGAAGACUUGGCCGUCGAGGUCUCGGACGACGAGUGCAACGAUGACGACGACGAAGACGAAGCCUCGUCUUACUACCAAGCCAGUACGGAGAACACGUACUACAGUCCAAACCAGAAACAUCCAUUUUGUAGCGGUCUGAUGGACGACGCAGCCGACUUGUCCGACACGUCCACGGCUUCUUCGUCACUACUUACUGCGUGGGCAUUACAAGAGUCGGAGGACGAAGAGAACGACGAUUCGGAGGACGAAGGCGGCAGAGACGACCUUAUUUUCCGACUCGAGAUGUAA